GCCCGGGGGCAGGAAGCAGCGGGGAGGGGGCUGGGACCCCACCUUUGAAGCGCCGCCUCGCCACAGGAAGGCGCCGGGAGCAGGGUGGAGGCGCGAGGCUGGGGGACCCCGGCUGGCACCCUUGGGCCCCCCACCCCAGGGAUCCCUGCUGGGAGGUGCCCCCCUCACCCAGCUCCGUCUCCCCCCAGCUCUAGCCUGACCCCGCCGCCUCGCGCGGCCCCGGCCGGCCACCAUGGAGAACGAGCAGCUCCCGGCGCCCCCGCAGCCGCCCUCCAGCAGCGCCGGCGGCACCGGCACGACGCCCAGCAGCACCGGCACCGGCCGCCCGCCCGCCCCCCAGAUCUCCGUCUACAGCGGCAUCCCUGACCGCCAGACCGUCCAGGUGAUCCAGCAGGCGCUGCACCGGCAGCCCAACACGGCGGCGCAGUACCUGCAGCAGAUGUACGCCGCGCAGCAGCAGCACCUGAUGCUGCAGACGGCCGCCCUGCAGCAGCAGCACCUCACCAGCGCCCAGCUCCAGAGCCUGGCCGCCGUGCAGCAGGCCAGCCUGGCGGCCAACAGGCAGAGCGGCUCCUCGGGCGCCAACGGCACCCAGGCGGCACCGGCGCAGCAGCCCACGAUCAACCUGGCGACGUCGCCGGCGGCCGCCCAGCUCCUGAACCGGGCGCAGAGCGUCGCCCCCGGCGCGUCGGGCAUCGCGCAGCAGGCCGUGCUGCUGGGCAACGCCGCCUCGCCCGCGCUCACCGCCAGCCAGGCCCAGAUGUACCUGCGGGCACAGAUGGUAAGAGGCGCCCUGCCCCACGGUGCGGGGGGCGGCCGGGACCCACGGCCGUGGG